AUGGCUAUUCGAAAUCCUCGCUUACCAUUAUUACCUGGCUAUGGAUCAAACCCCAUGAUUGGCAAGAAGAACUUCGGCGUUCGGCCUAUAUUUACAUCUAUCGAUAAGGUUAACAUGUUGGUAGAUAAAGCAGAGGGAGUCAAUCGUGUACCCUCGUUAUAUGGUCGAAAGCAGGCACCAGAUCUUCCUACAUGGAUAAUGUACGACAAACAUAUUUUGCGGUUUCAAGCCUAUUUCCAACAAACACUCCAAGAAAUGCGAUCAGCUGCUCAUAUUUUAAGGAAAGUCGAAAUAUUUUUCUACUUAGAAGAUGGGACGAUAAAAGUGAUGGAACCAAGAACUGAAAAUAGUGGCUUGUCGCAAGGAACACUUAUUAGCCGGCAAAGAAUUCGUCUUCCGUUCAGCUACGAUCUUUAUUACGACGUAUUAGAUCUAAAUGUAGGACGUGAGGUUACUUUCUUUGGAAAGGUGUUUAAGAUCGUCAAUUGUGACAAUUUCACAAGAGUGUUUAUGAAUCGCCUUGGAAUUAAUGUUCCAGACCCAAUACCGUGGCCGGACGCAAUUGAGAGGACUCCGGAUACAGCGCGCCCACCGAAACAUCGUCCCUUUCGACAAUUUCUUGAUUUUGAUAGACAAGUUUUAAGAUUUCACGGUUACUGGGAUGACAGAGAAUCUGAAUUUGGCUCCAUACAUCUUCUUGAGAUACAUUAUUUUCUUGCUGAUGAUACGAUGGAAAUUAAGGAAGUCUUGCCUCCAAAUUCUGGAAUGGAGGCGGGACCGAUGUUUUUAAAACGAAUGAGGCUCCCUAGAAAAAUACCACCACGUAUAGAAAUGACGGGAGGGCCUAAAGUUCCUUCUUAUAGUCCCGCCGAUUUGACUAUAGGUGCUGUGGUGAAUGUGUUUGGUCGUAAAGUAGUGCUUACUGAUUGCGAUCCAUUUACAAAGGAAUACUACCGUGUCACUUAUGGAUUUGAUGCUUUUACCCCGCUACCUGUGCCCAAAGAUGAAAGUACUGAGUGCAUAUCAUCGAACAUGGCUGAACGUCAGCUACCACCGUGGAAUGGCUACGGAUCUUAUGAUGAUUCCGCAGAAAACUGCCGCACAGUUGAGCCGAAAGCUCCACAUAGAGAUUUUAUAAAGUUUCUAAAUAAAGACAGAAUUGGGUUUGAUUCCCAUAUUCUUCGAUUUGCCGCAAGACUGAUAAGUGACAAUCCUGUAGAUGCGAGACGGUAUUUUAUAGUUAAAUAUUUCUUAUGUGACGAUACCAUCGGCAUUUUUGAACUUGGUGAACGUAAUUCAGGAUUUAAGACCGGAAAGUUCUUUCGACGGGAAAAAAUGUAUUUACCCGACGUUAACUUCUUUGUGCCAAAAGAGCCUCCCGCGUACACUGACAAAGAUAUGUGGGUUGGAAACGAACUUGUCAUCAAUAAACAUUGUUUCCGACUCAUUUCUGCUGACGAAUAUGCUCUUAGGUACAUGGAACUUCACGCCAACGAGUAUCCCAUGGCGAACAUAACUUUGAUAAUGGACAAAAUACGGCGUAUAUUAGCUUCUAAAGACAAUGGAUACAAGAAUUUUGUGUCAAAAUAUAUGGAAGCUGUUGUACCAGAUAAAAAAGAACUGAUGUCUGUCAGAUGUUUCAAACAAGCAAUGAAAGAGAUUAUGUGUGACAAGAUGACUGAACACGAAUUUAUAACACUCAUUCGCUAUUUUCGCGGUGACCCUGGUAAAGAAAGAAGUCCACGACGGGAAAUGAUAAGGUCAUUAGUAUUUACGGAGUUAACUCGAGGUUUGUGGGACGACCGUUCUCGUCUUCGUGAAGGUCUACUCCACGCGGAUCCUGAUGGCUCAGGAGUUCUAUCACCCACUCGUCUAAGACAAUUACUUCGAGCUCAUAGACUGCCUUUAAAUUGUGAUCUCAUGGACUGUAUGCUACAAGUGCUUCAAAAGGAUGAAAACUGCAAUAUUCAGUGGGAAGAUCUCAUGAAUUUCCUUGAUUUUCAAACACGCCCUGUGUUCAAUCUCUCCGAAGCUGACUACGAGAAGGUCGUUCGUCAUGCACCACCAGUAAAAGAUACGGAGUGUAAACUUUGGGCCGAAGCGGAGACAUUCAUCACCGAUGGCUUCGUGAAUUGGAAUGCAUUUUUAUGUCAACUGAACCUUGAGCAUCUUGUUAAAGAACAAACUCAAUAG